UUUCGCAAGAUUUGAAUGUUGUCUGAUUGAAUUUCGUGUGAUUUUAAUUAAACAGCUAUUAUUCGCUGAGACAAAAAAAAGCCUUCGAAGUUUAACUUUCUUCAAAAAUAGUGAAAAUGUCUGAAGAUAGUCAAAAUAAACAUACAACAAUUCUUAAAAAAUAUCCAACAUAUCGUGAUGAUUUCGUUAAUGGCACUUGGAAAUGGAUAGAAGGAAGGCAAAUAGAUGAUAAUGCCGAAGGAUUAUGGCGAGUUCAUGAUAAAUUGUACGAUUUAGAAAAGUUUGUAGCUGCACAUCCUGGUGGACGAGAGUGGUUAACUCUCACUAAGGGCUUAGAUAUCACGGAAGCUUUUGAAGCAUAUCAUUUGACAGAAAAAGCAUCAAAAAUGUUAAAAAAAUAUUAUGUUAAGGAAGCAAAUUUACCACGUAACUACAAAUUUACCUUCAAAGAUGAUGGUUUUUAUCGGACUCUGAAACGUCGUGCUGCAAAAGUUUAUGAGAAAAUGGACAAAAGCCCUUUGUGGAAAUCCAAGAUAAUUUCCGAUUUAAAUCUUUUUCUGUUCUUUUUCACAUCGCUUAUGUUCGUAAGAGUGAGAGAACUUCAAAGCAUAAAGAUCAUCCUCGGAUUUCUCGCGCCUCUUAGUUGUGUAACUCUUAUGGGAACAGCUCAUAACUUCAUUCAUCAAAGAAAUAAUUGGAGAAUGUAUUUAUCUGUCUUAAUUGGAGUAGAUAUGAGGGAAUGGAGAGUUUUCCAUGCAUUUUCGCAUCACUUGUAUCCUAAUACAUUGAAUGAUUUGGAAAUAUCAGGAAUUGGUGGUUUCAUAUUUUCGAAAAGUGAUAGAAUUGUGUGGCAUGAUUUUCUGGUAGGAAUUCUUCCUCUAUCGAUGUUAUUUUUUGGUGGUGAUAGCACAAUAUCAGGAAAAAAUUUCUUAAGAUUGUUCUAUCAUUGGAAUUGGAUAUCAUUUGCUGGAAGUCUUAUGUUUAAUUCGAUUUCAAUCAAUGCUGGUCACCAUGGAAAAACAAUUGUUCAUGAAGGGGAUGAAUUCAAGGAGCUUGAUUUUGGGAUUUAUCAAAUAAGUGCUGUGAUUGAUAGAAAAGAAGCCAAUUCUAAUAUCUUCAUGACUCUAACACAUUUUGGGAAUCAUCUCUUGCAUCACAUGUUUCCAGCAUUGGAUCAUUCACUUCUUCCACAAUUUCGGGCUGUUCUCUUCGAAACUAUGAAUGAUUUUAAGGCAGAAUUAAGGGAAUUCUCUUUACUCGAUGGAGUUAUUGCACAGUUCCAGCAGUUGGGUAGGAAUGAAAUAAUUAAAUUAACCAAGUGAUGAUUGAAGAACUGAUCUACUGUUCAAAGUAAAUUAAAACCUCGUAAAAAAAAUUAAACUUAUAAAUAACUUUUUUUAUUAUCAGGAAAGAAUAUUUAUUUUUUUCUAUCUAAUUCUUAUAGUGAAAAUCUUUAACCAAAUAAUUAAAUCAAAAUUUCAAUGACAAUCUUACAACCAGAUUUUUAAAAAAACCUAAGAAAUUUAUUAAUUUUGAUGAAACAUUUAUUAAUGUGCGUGCUGUAACAAGUUUUCUAGUAAGGGAAUUAAAAGAAAACACAUAAAUCAUAAUUUCAAGUUUGAAUAAAUUGAAUAGCUUCAUUAUAGAUAUUUGC